AUCAAUAUUUUGCAACAAAUAACGAAUAUACAUAUAAUGAGUUUUGAUUAGAAGUAAAUCCGAUAUGAAGUAUUGGAGAAAAAUAUGUUUUGAAUAACAAUUAAUUUACAAAUGCUGAAAUACAACAUGCCAUCUCAUAUAAUACAUUUAUUAAUUAUAUUUAAUCAAAUGUUACAAAAAUAUGACGUGGAUGGCGUGCAUAUUGUCUUUAAGCGGUAAUUAAGCACAGCAACCGAUUCCGAUAAAAAUCGCGAUAAAAUUAAGCAUACGGUAUACAAAUUGCCGGUUAAAUCCUUCUUAAAUCCUUCUACUAAUAAAAUCUAUUUGAUCAUGAACGCAGAUAAGAUAUAACGCUGUGACGUAUCCGACACUACUGGCUUUGUAAUGUAAAUAUUACCCGUGUACAAUCACGUUGCUUUCGGAUCAUCAUCUUUUUAUCGUCGUUUCGAAAUCAAUUCACGGAAUAUUUUGGAUCAUAAAAGACAUCCCUGAGCGCCAUGUGCCGUUUUACUUCAUCACUCAAGAUUUCACGAGCAGACUUCUGAUACAGUGUGAUCGAUACUCUUCCAGAAAUGUCGAGCGAAGAUAUCUGGGGGUGUUCAUCGAAGAAAUAAUUCGAGAAAACCUGGUUCAUUCCCUUUAUCGACACAGGAUCAAAAUCGUGAUUGUACCGAAACGAACGGACCAAAGGUACCUGCGCACCGUGUCCUGAGAAAGCGCGAGAAUGACGGUAAUGGAAGAUAAAAGUCUGAGCGAAGUGCUCACUACAAAAAGUCCGACAGAAAUAGUAAAAGGGACGGGCGAGCAGCAGUCCGCCAUGGAGCCCUUAAAAUUGAAAGCCUACAAAAGAAGGUGGCUCACGCUGAUUAUCUACAUAAUUUACACCGGAGGAAGCACAUAUCAGUGGAUAGAAUACUCAAUUAUAACUAAUAUAGUCACUAGGUACUACGGGGUGUCUUCGUUAAUGGUCGACUGGACUGCGAUGUCGUUUAUGGUGUUUUACUCGCUGUUCGUAUUGCCGGCGACAUAUGCGAUAGACAAGUGCGGCCUGCGAUGGACCGCCAUCAUAGGCAGCGGCAUGAGCUGCCUGGGUGCCUGGAUUAAAAUCUUCUCUGUACAACCCGACAGGUUCUAUCUCGUCCUCAUCGGUCAGUCGAUAGUCGCAAUCACGCAGACUAUGAUCCUACCAAUACCAGGACGCUUGGCUGCGCAAUGGUUUCCUGCCAAUCAACUCUCGACCGCCACGUCUCUAGGUAUUUUUGGCAACGAACUAGGAAUAGCGUUGGGUUUCUUCCUCACACCUAUAAUAGUGAAGAAUCACGAAAACCUAGAUGACAUUGGCAAUGAUCUAUUAUAUUUAUGCUGGGCCAUUGCAAUCGUUACUACAAUCGGAUUUGUUCUAGUGCUCAUGUUAUUUCAGGACGAACCGAAACUACCGCCGAGUGAGACACGAGCACUGCAAAAACUGAAUCGAACGAAGAAAGGGAUCCGGGAAGAAUUCAUCGCACCGAUUAAAAGGCUCUGCAGAAACAAAAGCUUCAUCAUCCUCUGUAAUUCCUACGGUCUGAACAUUGGCGUAUUGAAUGCCGUAGAUACGUUACUCAAUCAGAUAUAUCUCGUGCACUUCGAGAAUGGUGAAGAAGAUGCGGGAAGAAUCGGUUUACUUAUGAUUAUCACCGGUAUGGUUGGCUCCGUUAUUUUUGGUAUCAUCCUUGAUAAAACACAUAAAUUCAAAGAAAUCACUGUAACUGUGUACUUUUUCACGUUGUGCGGUCAAAUAUUGUUCGCGAUAUUCACCUGUACCGGCAUCAAAUGGAUGGUAUACGCAUCGUCAAUUUUUCUAGGAUUUUUCAUGUAUGGAUACCUGGCGCUGGGAUAUGAAAUGUGCACCGAGUAUACGUAUCCAGAGUCGGAAAAUACAUCUGCGGGAAUUCUCAAUAUAGCAAAUAAUGUUUACGGUAUUAUACUAGUUAUAAUAUUAGGAAUACUGUUAAAAACAUACGGCGACAUCGUAGUGCACGUUGGCCUGUGCUUGACUCUGUUACUCGGUUUUGUUUUAACCGUUUUAACAAAAGAUGAACAAAGACGACAAGACGCAAGGAGGAAGGCUCAGUACGAGAAAAUUGCGAAGCUUAACAUCGACGGCCUUCUCAUCCUUGCCCUCCUUUAUAUCGGACUGGCGGCGACGUCAGAUUUAUCGGGAUAUAAGCCGAGGGGAUGGCGUCCUAAUGGGCCACGCUUUAAUCCCAAUAACAAUCGAUUGCAUGCAUAUUACGGUACCCCGGGAUUGCAAAGCUAUGGACCUCCGAAUACCGUGACUACCGAACGCAACCCGUUAUUCGUCACUAGCACAACCACGAUACGACCACGGACCACCGUGACCACCACCGUAAAAACCACCACGACACAACGCAGCAGGGAACCGACAACCGCGGCGAACGAGCAGUCCGAGGAUGAUUUCGACACGAAUCCGGCAUUGGCAAUCGCGAAUUCCUUUGCAUUCAAUCGACCGAUCUACAUCUACAAUGGUUUCCCGUUUCUACCGGCUCAGAUCAUCGCGCAAUGACACACAGCGAAAUAAGGAAUGAUCAUAUCACUAGAUACGACGCGAAUGGAUAGUGACGAAUACUGAACAUCUGAUCGCUGAGAAAAAUAGCUUUGUCUUUAUAUUAUCAAAGAUUGGAAAGCACUGAAUUUGUUUAGCGACUUAAUUAUUAUUAAUUAACAUAUAAGAAAAUUUAGAUUUAUCAUUUAUGUUUGUAUAAAAAGUAGGAUA